AAGCAGAACAUGAACAGCAAGAAGAGUCAUCGUCUCGCGACAAAGCCUUCCAAACCCGCCUCGCGGCCCUCAACACUGAACACACGCGCGUCCGGCUCGAGCUGCUGGCACAACACAACAGGGAGUGGGACGCGCUGCGCGAGAAACACCUGCAGAUGAUCCGCAUCCUGUUGGGAGACGGCCCGCCCUGGCGCCCCCGCGGCGAGUUCACCGCCUACCAGCGCCAGCAGCUGAGCAUCGUGGCCGCUUUCACUGAGGGGGACAUGCUCGCGCUGGGGAUCGGGCAGCGGAAUGUCGUGUCGGAUCUGGUGGAUGCGCAGGUGGCUGAGGUCGAGGCGUUAAAGAGGGAGUUUGGGGUUGUUUCGGCUUGAUGGG